AUGGAUUGUCAUAAAUGGCUAGCAUCAUCAUCAUCAUCAUCAUCAUCAUCAUCAUCAUCAUCAUCAUCAUCAUCAUCAUCAUCAUCAUCAUCAUCAUCAUCAUCAUCAUCAUCAUCAUCAUCAUCAUCAUCAUCAUCAUCAUCAUCAUCAUCAUCAUCAUCAUCAUCAUCAUCAUCAUCAUCAUCAUCAUCAUCAUCAUCAUCAUCAUCAUCAUCAUCAUCAUCAUCAUCAUCAUCAUCAUCAUCAUCAUCAUCAUCAUCAUCAUCAUCAUCAUCAUCAUCAUCAUCAUCAUCAUCAUCAUCAUCAUCAUCAUCAUCAUCAUCAUCAUCAUCAUCAUCAUCAUCAUCAUCAUCAUCAUCAUCAUCAUCAUCAUCAUCAUCAUCAUCAUCAUCAUCAUCAUCAUCAUCAUCAUCAUCAUCAUCAUCAUCAUCAUCAUCAUCAUCAUCAUCAUCAUCAUCAUCAUCAUCAUCAUCAUCAUCAUCAUCAUCAUCAUCAUCAUCAUCAUCAUCAUCAUCAUCAUCAUCAUCAUCAUCAUCAUCAUCAUCAUCAUCAUCAUCAUCAUCAUCAUCAUCAUCAUCAUCAUCAUCAUCAUCAUCAUCAUCAUCAUCAUCAUCAUCAUCAUCAUCAUCAUCAUCAUCAUCAUCAUCAUCAUCAUCAUCAUCAUCAUCAUCAUCAUCAUCAUCAUCAUCAUCAUCAUCAUCAUCAUCAUCAUCAUCAUCAUCAUCAUCAUCAUCAUCAUCAUCAUCAUCAUCAUCAUCAUCAUCAUCAUCAUCAUCAUCAUCAUCAUCAUCAUCAUCAUCAUCAUCAUCAUCAUCAUCAUCAUCAUCAUCAUCAUCAUCAUCAUCAUCAUCAUCAUCAUCAUCAUCAUCAUCAUCAUCAUCAUCAUCAUCAUCAUCAUCAUCAUCAUCAUCAUCAUCAUCAUCAUCAUCAUCAUCAUCAUCAUCAUCAUCAUCAUCAUCAUCAUCAUCAUCAUCAUCAUCAUCAUCAUCAUCAUCAUCAUCAUCAUCAUCAUCAUCAUCAUCAUCAUCAUCAUCAUCAUCAUCAUCAUCAUCAUCAUCAUCAUCAUCAUCAUCAUCAUCAUCAUCAUCAUCAUCAUCAUCAUCAUCAUCAUCAUCAUCAUCAUCAUCAUCAUCAUCAUCAUCAUCAUCAUCAUCAUCAUCAUCAUCAUCAUCAUCAUCAUCAUCAUCAUCAUCAUCAUCAUCAUCAUCAUCAUCAUCAUCAUCAUCAUCAUCAUCAUCAUCAUCAUCAUCAUCAUCAUCAUCAUCAUCAUCAUCAUCAUCAUCAUCAUCAUCAUCAUCAUCAUCAUCAUCAUCAUCAUCAUCAUCAUCAUCAUCAUCAUCAUCAUCAUCAUCAUCAUCAUCAUCAUCAUCAUCAUCAUCAUCAUCAUCAUCAUCAUCAUCAUCAUCAUCAUCAUCAUCAUCAUCAUCAUCAUCAUCAUCAUCAUCAUCAUCAUCAUCAUCAUCAUCAUCAUCAUCAUCAUCAUCAUCAUCAUCAUCAUCAUCAUCAUCAUCAUCAUCAUCAUCAUCAUCAUCAUCAUCAUCAUCAUCAUCAUCAUCAUCAUCAUCAUCAUCAUCAUCAUCAUCAUCAUCAUCAUCAUCAUCAUCAUCAUCAUCAUCAUCAUCAUCAUCAUCAUCAUCAUCAUCAUCAUCAUCAUCAUCAUCAUCAUCAUCAUCAUCAUCAUCAUCAUCAUCAUCAUCAUCAUCAUCAUCAUCAUCAUCAUCAUCAUCAUCAUCAUCAUCAUCAUCAUCAUCAUCAUCAUCAUCAUCAUCAUCAUCAUCAACAACAACAACAACAACAACAACAGCAACAUCAACUCUGAGAUGCAGAUACGCUUCAUUAUUCAGUAGUCUUCAGUCGUAUGAAUUAUAA